AUGGCUCUUAUUGUUUUCAGAGACAAUAGAUGGCAAGAAGAUGAAGCCACACUUGCGACCAUGGAAGUCGACCUUACACAUGGAAGCCAGAUGAUCUAUGUUAUUCCUGAAAUUAUGAUGAGUAUUCAUGACUUCUAUCGAAAUAUCCAAAUCUCUGUCCUCACAAGAGGAUACGAAGCCUGGCAGAAGAGUGAAGCCAAUCUAUUAAUUACCAGAGGACAGACUGAAGGAUCGGCAGGCCUUGACAUAGCAGCAAGUCAUGCUGCAGUAAUUGAACCAUAUGGGCAGAAUUUGAUUAAUACAGGACUUCGAAUUGAAAUUCCCUAUGGUUAUUAUGGUCGUUUAACUUCACGAUCAAGGCAAGCAUGGAAAUAUGGUGUUGAAGUAGGAGCUGGCGUAAUUGACUCCGACUACCGAGGUGAGGUUCAAGUUCUUCUAUUUAAUUGA